ACUCAGAGACUUGCGCGGUAGCGGCCAUCUUUGGUGAGGGCUCCUUCAUUCUGUAAUAACGAGAAACGACCCCGCUCCUCUUCACGGCAAGAACCCAUAGCCUCAGGGACAUUACUUCGCUCGUCUCUCGCUGUCUGCCAUCUUACAAUUGGGCGGGAAAGAAAGGAACGCGUGAAGCAAGAGUUCGUUUCAUCGGCCAGGUGUCCCGGAAGUUGAGUGAGGGAACAGGAAGUGAGGGAAGAGUUGCCACUUGGCUUUCACGGCCACAGCUGGGGCCGGGCUUAUGAGGAUGGCGCGAUGCACGGGAAAAUAGACCGUUCUCUUCCCGCGUCGUGUAACCAUAAUCAGUGCCUGCCUAAGCAGUUGGGUGAUGAGGGCUUAGUUCUCCUGUCUUUCCUCGCUCUUCUUCUACGCUACAGAAGUGGCGGGCGAGGGGAGUUACUCGGGGCUGGGUUGUGAAGCGGCGGAAAGACGAGGCGGUCCGUUUGUUCCUCAUUCCUGUGUGGGCCGGGUUCGGGCCUCUUGAGGCUUUCCUCUAGACGAGUGCCUGCAGGGGACGGCACCCUUUGUGGUGUCUCCUGAGAUUCAGAGUUUCUUGGCAGCCAAAAAAGUGAAUCCGAGGUGCUGUGGGUAGUACUGAGGCGGCGGGACGGCCUCUGGCUGUGGAGAGGAGGUGUCGCCUGCCCACCUGCUGCUUUACGCAGCCCCCCUUGGCCCAUGACGUUUUCUGCCUCUUUGGAGCCGUGAAGGCGAAUUCCCUGUGAAGUGGGGCGCCCCAGUUAACACGAAGCAGAAGUCGGCCAUGGAUGACUUCUUGUCGAUCAGUCUGCUCUCUCUAGCCAUGCUGGUUGGCUGCUAUGUGGCAGGAAUCAUCCCUUUAGCCGUAAACUUUUCCGAGGAAAGGUUGAAGCUAGUCACAGUUCUUGGUGCUGGGCUUCUUUGUGGAACUGCGUUGGCUGUCAUUGUGCCUGAAGGAGUUCAUGCACUUUAUGAAGAAAUUUUGGAAGCAAAGCAUCACCCAGCCAGUGAAACUGAAAAGAUGGUUGAAUCUAAGAAAGUAGCAGAUGUACCAGAUGUGCAUGACCAUGUCCACAACCAUGAUCAUUCAAGAUUACAUGCUUACAUUGGCGUUUCCCUCGUUCUUGGCUUUGUGUUUAUGCUUCUGGUAGAUCAGAUUGGCAGUUCUCAUGUCCAUCCUACAGAUGACCCAGAAGCGGCAAGGUCGAGCAAUUCCAAAAUUACUACCACACUGGGACUAGUUGUCCAUGCUGCAGCUGAUGGUGUUGCCUUGGGUGCAGCGGCUUCCACAUCUCAGACCAGUGUUCAACUAAUAGUCUUUGUUGCAAUUAUGUUACAUAAGGCACCAGCUGCUUUUGGCCUUGUCUCUUUUCUUAUGCACGCCGGUCUUGAACGGAAUCGUAUCCGGAAGCACUUGCUGGUUUUUGCACUAGCAGCACCUGUUUUAUCAAUGGUGACUUACUUAGGACUAAGCCAGAGCAGUAAACAAGCUCUUUCAGAAGUCAACGCAACUGGAGUUGCCAUGCUUUUCUCUGCUGGAACUUUCCUGUAUGUUGCCACAGUGCAUGUUCUCCCUGAAGUGGGUGGAAUGGGACACAGCCAUAAAUCUGAAUCUACUGGAGGCAAAGGACUCAGCCGCCUGGAGGUGGCAGCAUUAGUUCUGGGCUGCUUGAUUCCUCUGAUUUUGUCCAUUGGACACCAGCAUUAAAAGUCUGAAGUCCAGCAAUCUUCUCUGCAAUCUGACGGGAGCAGCAAUCUGAUGUCAACCGUUAUUUUAUCAUUGACUUUCUUAUCUGAUAACCAUCCCACUGUUUUCAGGCAUUGGAGGGAAGUACCAUACAAAGACGAACUUCUGGAAAAGCGUUUAGCAUAGGAAAUGGUACCGUUGAUAGCCUGAUAUAACUUCCUGCAUAACUUCCCUAUUCUGAAGAUACUCUAAUUAUGACUUCCUGCCAGAUUCUCAGGGAAGCCGGAACUUAAAAGAGAUGAUUUGGGAGAAUUUUUCAGCUCAACAUGAAAUCAUGAUCUAAGUAUUCUGUAUGUUGGCAUUCACAGCUGACCUCUUGACAUUAGAUGCUGCCUUCUAACAUGUGGAACUUCUGUUAUUCACUUCCAGAUUUUUCAUCUGGUAAUGAUGUCAUGGGCUGUCUUGGAAGGAUGCAUCCAGUGAAAACAUGUAUUUCAGGUGAAAUUCUGGGCAAGAUUUGUGCUGGCUAAACAGUGAUAGGUUUCUUGCAUUAGGAAGCACAUGUUUUUUCCCCUUUGAAUAAAAUGAGGAAGAAUGAGGGAACCAUGCUGAGUUGUUCCAAGCUCUAAGGAGUAGGUACUUAAACGAAUACUGUACCAGUUCAUUUUACUUCAUUCUACUAAAGCAGAAUACAGGAAGAAAUGGCCAAGAAGAGUGAGGGGCCCAAAGCAUCGUGCUCUGUAAUAUCAGAAACUUUAACAUACACAGUUAUUACAAGCUAGAAGUUUUCUAAGUUGUUGUGGGCCUGUUUGCAUUUAUCCCUCUCUCUGAAAUCAUUCAGCUGUGAGGAUAAGUACAACUUUGGAAUGUAGUGCCAGUCUCUGAACUCUUUCCAUGUAAGAAAUGCUACCUUUUGGCUAGUAAAUUCCAUUUUGUUAUGAAAGAAAACAUAAAAAACCUUGGGCAAAAGCCUAUAAAAGUAUAUGUAGCUUUUCAGCACACAAUUUUUUACAUCAGUUUUAAAUCUUCAUUCCCAUUGAUAAGAAUUCUUCAGUUAAUACUUACAAUGUCAUUGUUUGCAAACAAGAUAAAUAGUGCUUUAACUGGUAUCUCUAGCACUGGUUACUCUAUGUAGCAGAUGUAUUUCCCUCUUUCUCUUUCUUUACAAGCCAGUGGCCCACAUAACUUGGAUCUCUUCCAUGCUUUGCCCAUAUCCUAUAUUUACUUGACAGAAAAUAAUGGCUUUAGUUCUUUAUGAGCAUCUUUUCAAUUUAUUUCUAUUGCUGAUUUGGUAUUAGUGCAGUAGUCAAAAUUGAAGUUAAAAUCUGUACAGAAUAAUGUACAUGUCUUUCCUGCGGGUAUUUCUAGAUCUGGUCUGAAACCAGCACUCAGCAAUCUACCUUUGUCGUCCACAAGUGUAGUACACCAGCUUACUAAGUGGUUGCACCAAAAGCUUGGAUAGACACCUUUUUUUGUGCCUACCUUGGACUGUAAGAACAGGUGUUGCCAAAUAUUUGGUGGGCUACAGAUAUUGGUGCAUUGAAAAUUUUGUGGGCCUGCUUUACAGUUUUUCUAAAAGAAAACCCUUCUUUGAAAGAGGUGGAAAGAUCAGCAUUCUUACUGAUCAGGUGGAGCUUUUUUCUGCAGCAUAGAAAUACCCUCUCAAAAUGUAGCACAGAGAAACCAUAGUAGGUAAUAAAUACCUGGUAUGUGAAUCAAAAUGGCCUGGGUACUUGUCAUAUUCCAUACUAGAUGACUAUAGGAAAGCUAGCAGUGGUAUAAUUAAAGGCCAAGUUUGCCCUGCAGUGGUAGUUAAGGCAACAAGACUGUUCCUGAAUUGACCAGGAGUGAAAUGGUGGCAAAAUAAGAGCCAAACCUUUUAUCUGAAAGUGUAUAGAUAAAGGAGCACAUGGUGUGGGAGUUGGGAUUAAACCAUACUUCAAAAUAAUGUUUUUCUUAGUAUUUUCAGCCUUUGAGAGUGCACCUCAGGAAUCCUACUGUUGGGCUGAUUGGUGGCUGAUUGCAGUUCUUGGCCAGAAGCUGCCUAAGCCACUUCAUAUUUAUGAAAAUGUUGUCCAUUGAGUCUAGCACCUUGCUUUCUAACCUUGUGCCCAGUACCCUACUGGAGAGUCUCUGCUGUGCUUCUAUACUUGAUUAAUAAGUAUCAGUAUAUGGUAUGCAUUUCACACUAAGUACUCAAAAGGGUAAGACAUGGCAGGAUGGCAAAGUCUUGCAUGCUUGAAAUAUUUCCAAAUGCAUUCACCAUUAAUUGGCAUUCACUCUACAGUACCACUGCCAUUCUGAUUUGCUUCUAUGUGGUGACAAGGGAGUUUUGAUGUUUCAUCUCUACUUCUGAUAUCACAAGUGGCUAGCAACGAGAAAAUAAUUUUUGGAUUAUGGGAAACAUGCUCUAGGGAGAGCACCAGAUGUGUAAUCCCUUUUAUAGCCACGAGAAUCCUAACUUUGAGACAUUUUAAGCUAAGGCAAACCCAAGUUUACCAUGUCCUGUUUUAAGAAACAUCACUCAAAAUCAGGGCUUUUGUAGUGUAGUUCUACUCUUCUAUAAUGUUACUAGUUGUUUCUAAUCUAAGCCUCAUGGUAGACUUCUGGAAGCCAUUAACUACUGAAACAAGUCCUCUGCUUCAACUAUUCACAUCAGUUGUGGACUGAGUUGGAAGUGGAAGUCAUCACUGGCAAAUAUGUUUGCCCAUUGAAUUUACCAUUGCUAAUCACAAAACAAAGGGACGAUCUUUUGCCUAACUGUGUUAAUAGUGCCAGUGGUAAUGGCAGAGUAGAUAAAUCAAGGGCAUGUAGAAUCAAUAGAUAUGAAAUGGCACUUCUUGGAAUUUCUGUAAAUGAUCUGAAACAGCAGAAAAUUGCUCAGCUCUUCAGCCAGGGCUGAAGGUACAUGGUGAGAACUAGAUUGCAUUCUUCAUAGCAAGCUGUAUUGGAAUGGGAAAACUUGAACUUGUGUUUUGUGCUGUGUUAUGUUCUUUAUGAUGAACCACAGGAGACUUGUGGAGAGACAGUCCUUAACAUCAACAUGUGGAAGCAAAGUAUUCAUUUCAAAAAGAAAUCAGCUUUCUGUGCUUCAGUCAUGUUUCUAAGCAGCUGCGACUUUCUGGCACAGUGUUCCUGGUCACAGCUGUAUACCUGAUUCUGUGUAUUCAAGUGUAAUUUUAAUGUCUUUUCCAAAUCAUUCCAUGGAUGGCUGCCUUAUUUUUGAUUUUUUUCACUUUAAUUGUGAGCAGUUUAAAAAUGUUUUUAUUAAA